AUGGCCUCCGGUGAUGAGCGUCCUGGUGACUCACCCCGGGUUAAGCGUCGCAAGUCAAGCAACGACUCUUCCCCUCGACGCGACGGCGAAAAUGGCGAUGCAGGCCAGUCGCAUAGAGACUCUGCGACGAGGAAGCUAUCGAUACGAGACAACCGCAGAAACAGCAGGACUGUUAGUCCAAGUCCUGCUGAAGAUGGUGCCGGAAACAGAAACUACGAAAGUCGGCGCACAUCACGGUCGAGAUCACGAUUGAGGUCGCAGUCCAUGUCUAGCAGACGGUCCGACUCUCGACUGCGCUCCCGCUCACCAUCUCGAAUAACAUCACGAACACGGUCACCCCGCUCUUCACGAUCACGCUCUCGAUCGCAGUCAUCUUUCCACGACCGACGGAUAGACUCCCUUUCGCCUCCAGAAGCUCAACCGACUCCCCAGGAACCCUUCAAACCCAACUACAAAGCCCAUCUUGUCCUUCGCGGUCAUUCCAAACCUGUUUCACAAGUCCGAAUAUCACCUAAUGGACGCUUUAUCGCAUCUGCAUCGGCGGAUGCCACUGUGAAGAUCUGGGACGCUACGACAGGCGAGCAUAUGGACACACUUGUCGGACAUAUGGCUGGAGUGAGCUGUCUUGCUUGGACGCCUGAUAGCAACACCAUCGCAAGCGGCUCAGACGACAAAGCUAUUCGACUAUGGGAUCGCGUUACAGGUCGGCCAAAGACUACAACUAGAAAGAGUAUAGCUGGCCAGGACAUGGCGCCUCUGAAAGGUCACCACAACUAUAUUCAUUGUUUGGCAUUCUCACCAAAGGGCAAUAUUCUUGCCAGUGGCUCCUACGAUGAAGCUGUGUUCCUGUGGGACGUACGUGCGGGAAGACUCAUGCGCAGCCUGCCGGCACAUAGUGAUCCUGUUAGUGGAAUCGAUUUUAGUCGAGACGGAACGCUGGUCGUGAGUUGCUCGACAGAUGGUUUAAUUCGUAUUUGGGACACAUCAACAGGCCAAUGCUUACGCACCCUUGUCCACGAAGACAACCCAGCCGUAGCCAACGUUUGCUUUGCCCCUAACGGCCGCUUCGUUUUGGCCUUCAAUCUAGAUAAUUGCAUUCGAUUAUGGGAUUAUGUUUCAGGCACUGUUAAGAAAACAUACCAAGGCCAUAUCAACGACAAGUUUGCAGUCGGAGGCUGCUUUGGAGUUCUGGAAGGAGUUCCUUUUAUUGUAUCUGCUAGCGAGGAUGGCAGUAUUGUUAUGUGGGACGUUGUAUCAAAGACGGUCCUACAACGGGUCGAAGGCCACAAAGGUGUGUGCUUCUGGGUGGACGUCCACGGUGAGACGAUGGUGACCGCGGGACAGGAUUGCACGGUAAAAGUGUAUCGCCACCUCAGAGAUACUCCCAAAAUUAAUGGUGACGCGAGUAAGGUGGGCAAUGAACUGCAGGCCGAAGAGACUGCAGCACGGGAGGACGUUGUAAUGGAAGACGCAUAG